ACCACAAUCACCACACACUCCGAUCCUCUGCUCACUUCCCCUGCAUUAAUAUCUGCACAACUCUUCAACAAUGUCUUGCUUAGAGUUGUGUAAGGAAGUUAAAUUCAAAGAAGGGCAAGAAGCAUGCACUCUUGAUGGAAGUGUUGAUUGGGAUGGCCGCCCAGCAAUCAGAGCAAAAUCUGGAGGAUGGGUUGCUGGAAUUAUCAUACUUUUGAACCAAGGUCUAGCUACCCUAGCAUUUUUUGGAGUGGGAGUGAAUCUGGUGUUGUUCCUCACAAGGGUCAUGCAGCAAAACAAUGCUGAUGCUGCUAACAGCGUGAGCAAAUGGACUGGAACAGUUUACAUCUUCUCUCUAGUUGGGGCUUUCCUAAGUGAUUCCUACUGGGGAAGAUACAAAACCUGUGCCAUCUUUCAGCUCAUCUUUGUCGUAGGUUUGGUAUCGUUAUCACUGUCAGCAUACCUCUCCUUGGUCAAACCUAAAGGCUGUGGGGAUGGAAAAACUCCAUGUGGUACCCAUUCAAGCAUGGAGAUGGCAUUAUUUUACUUCUCAAUCUACCUUGUUGCCCUGGGAAAUGGAGGUUAUCAACCUAGUAUUUGUACAUUUGGAGCUGAUCAGUUUGAUGAGGAAAACCCCAAGGAGGGAGUCUCCAAGGUGGCCUUUUUUAGCUACUUUUACCUUGCUCUAAACCUCGGUUCCCUCUUCUCAAACACCAUAUUGGUGUACUUUGAGGAUGAAGGGAUGUGGGCAUUAGGAUUUUGGGUGUCAGCCGGAUCUGCCUUUGCAGCACUGGUCCUGUUUCUUGUUGGGACCCCAAGGUACAGGCACUUCAAGCCAAGCGGCAACCCACUCUCCAGGUUUUGCCAGGUCAUAGUUUCUGCAGUGAAGAAAUGGAGCGUCCAGAUGCCACCAAGUGCAGGGGACUUGUAUGGUGUGGAUGGAAAAGAUUCUUCCACAAAUGGUAGUAGAAGGAUACUACACACCCAUGGAUUCAAAUUCUUGGAUAGGGCAGCAUUUAUCUCAUCAAGGGAUCUUGAUGACCAGAACCAUGGCCUUAAGAAUCCCUGGCGUCUCUGCCCAAUCACCCAAGUGGAAGAAGUUAAAUGCGUCCUUAGACUACUCCCAAUUUGGCUCUGCACCAUACUCUACUCUGUGGUCUUCACACAAAUGGCCUCUCUCUUCGUGGAGCAAGGUGCAGCCAUGAAAACUACCAUCGCCAACUUCCGAAUCCCACCAGCAAGCAUGUCUGGCUUCGACAUACUCAGUGUGGCAACUUUUAUCUUCCUUUACCGGCGAGUUCUCGACCCGCUUGUGGGUAGAAUUAAGAAAUCAGAUUCCAAGGGGCUCACUGAGCUUCAGAGAAUGGGUGUCGGCCUUGUUAUAGCAGUGAUGGCAAUGGUUUCAGCAGGAAUACUGGAGCGCUAUAGGCUGAAGUAUGCAAGAAGAGACUGCACACAUUGUGAAGAAUCAAGCACCCUGAGUAUCCUUUGGCAAAUUCCUCAGUACGCAUUUAUAGGAGCUUCUGAAGUUUUUAUGUAUGUGGGCCAAUUGGAGUUCUUCAAUGCACAGACACCAGAUGGGUUAAAGAGCUUUGGAAGUGCACUCUGCAUGGCGUCUAUCUCCCUUGGGAAUUAUGUGAGCAGCUUGCUUGUGAGCAUGGUAAUGAAGAUCUCUACUGAGGAUCACAUGCCAGGAUGGAUCCCAGGAAAUCUCAACAAAGGCCACCUGGACAGGUUUUUCUUCCUUUUAGCCUCCUUGACAACAAUAGAUUUGGUUGUCUAUAUUGGUUGUGCUAAGUGGUUCAAGUGUAUCAAGUUGGAAGGUAGAUCCCAAGAGAAGGAUGAUCAAGAUGAGUUCAGAGUCUGAUGUUUUUAUUGAAAACAAACAUCAGCAAGACAGGUUAAGGCCUGUGGUUCCAGCUUAUAUAAAAAUAAGUGGAGGAAUGGUGUAGCCACAAAACACCAGCACAUGUUUCUGCUUGAACGAAGAUAGAUGGAAUAACAGAAACCCAUUUUUCUCAGUGUCUCUUGCAUCACUCCUUGCUGUUUCUAUAAACACCUAACUCGAUGUAGUUUCUCUCCUUACUCUUGGAGCAAACUAGGUUAUGUAGAGUUGAGUCAAAGAGGUGUUAACCAUUGGGUUAAGUCAGAAGUUCUUGUGUAAAAUGCUAUCUACCUGUGCAUAGAUAGAAGCAGAUCAUAUCUGUGUAUUAGAGCUACUAUUUUGACAUUAAUAGAAGCACCCCUUUCCUUCA